CUCGUUCGCAGCCUCGGCGCGUUCGGGCGGCUGCACUCGGCGAUUCGCCAAGUGCAUUGUUCGCAGAUCGUUGUUUUCUGUGAGCGAGUGCUGAGAGUUCGCGGAGAUUUUGUCUCUGCGAGCAACUCCUGAACUCGCAAAGCAUUGGUCUUUGCGAGGGACUCCUAAAUUCGCAGAACAUUGGUUUCUGUGAGGGAGUCCUGAACUCGCAGAACAUUGGUUUCUGCCAGGGAGUCCUGAAUUCGCAGAACAUUGGUUUCUGCCAGGGAGUCCUGAAUUUCGUUUGAAGUUUUAUUGAGGCCUUGUCGCUCAUCUGCAACAUCCUCCCUUCAGAAUGGCGUCUGGAUUCUCGGGAAGGAUACCAACACCUCGUCUUUUGCUCAGGGACAGACUGAAGCCUAACACUCUGACUCCCUCUGCCUUCCAGCAGGAGGUAUCUCUCAGCACCAAGCAGAGGCUGGCCAAAGCUAAGAAGCUGAGUCUGCCUCAGAUUGUCCAGCCUCAAGACAAGCAUGAGAGCUCUCAUCACAAGUUCUUGGCAGCUGAGCCAGAGCAGAGCUCAUUUCAGCCUUGCCCACCAGAGGUGGUGUUUCAGAACUACACCCCUGGUGAGGUCUAUGAAGUGCCGGUGGUUCUGAGGAACAGGGACAAGGUUCCUCACUUGGUGAAGGUCACCUUGGAGAGCUCACCUUAUUUCCACCUGGUGGGCCCCAAUGACGUGUGCCGCAAGGUGCCACCGGGCCUCUACGCAAUUGUCCGCAUCCUGUUCACCUCUGGGCAGAACAAAGAUUAUUUCCACAAGCUCCUCUGCACCACUGAAAGGGAAGAGUUCAUUGUGCCAAUUCGGGCCAUUGGUCCCCGAGCCAUCCUGGACUUCCCUGACCAGCUGGACUUCUCCACGUGUCCGGUCAAGUACAGCAGCGAGAAGACUCUGCUGGUUCGCAAUGUCGGUAACCGGGUAGCUCGUUACCAGCUGAGCACCCAGAGCCCUUUCUCUGUCAUUCCGGCCACGGGAACUCUGGAUGUCGGUGGUGCCAUGCAGGUGACAGUGGAAUUUCAGCCACUGAAGACUGGGGACCAUUCCGGGUCCCUUGUCGUGCACUAUGACACAGGUGAAGAGACCCACACAAGCCUUCAUGGAAGAGCUGUGGAUGUCCCCAUCAGGCUGGGCAGGAAUACUGUGAGCCUCAAGAAGACGUACAUCGGCAUGUCAAACCGCGCAACCGUGCGCAUCCACAACCAGAGCGAUAUCACAGCCCGCUUCCAGUGGAAGGCUGUUGAUACUGAGGAAGAGGAGCAUCAGCUGGAGCUGAGGCAGUAUCCCAGGAUAUUUCGGCAGCAAAAGGAGAAGUUGUAUGAUUUUCUGAAGGAGCGCGGAGUGGACAUCACUUGCCGAGAACACCUUGCUCUUCUGACCCACAGCUUCCAAAGUGAGGUGGCAAAGAUCAGAGAAGAUGGCAUCCUGUUCCAUGAUGACGUUUUCUCCCUUGAGCCGAAGGAGGGUGAGAUCAGGCCGAAUUGCUCGGCUGAAGUCAGCGUGUUCUUCAAGCCCCAGGAAGCCCGGGUCUAUAAGCGAGCAGUUUACUGUGACAUCUCAGGCCGUGAGAAGAGGAUGCCCCUGCUCCUCACAGGGGAAGGCCUCGGGCCCCGGCUCCAUUUCCAGUUUGAGGAGCUGAACAUCGGGGAGGUUUUUGUCAGAGUAACCCACAGAUAUGAGGCGGUCCUGUUCAACAACGGGCCUAUUGAGGCUCCCUUCAAACUCAUCCCUCCAAGCACAGCCAUGGGCUCCUGCUUUACCUUCCAGCCCCAGGAGGGCAUUGUGGCACCCUCCACACUCCAGGCCAUCAGUGUCUCCUUCUGUCCCACCAUCCUGGGGCAGUUUGAGGAAGAAUUCUGCUUUGAUGUGUCUGAAUCCCCUGAGCCUGUGACCUUCACUAUCAGGGGCUACGUGAUGGGCCCGACUUUCCAUUUCGAUGUGUCCGCCCUCGACUUCGGUGACGUCUCCUUUGGUUUUCCUCGCACCUUGAACUGUUGCCUGUUUAACACCUCCCUGACACCCAUAUCUUUUCAACUCUACAUUCCUGGGGAUGGCUUGGGAGAGCCCAGUAUUGACAGCUCUACUCAGAUACGCAAAUGCAGUAGCCAGUCUUGGAGGAAGGAAGCUCAAGGUCUUAGGAGGCCAAGGGAAUUUGACAUAAGGCCCUGCAGAGGGACCGUCCGUGCCCUGGGAUCCCAGGAUAUCAAGGUCACCCUGUGUUCCAACACUGUUGGAGAGUACAAGCUGCAGCUGGUGCUGGACGUGGAUGAUGUCGGCGAGAAGGUGUUGGCAGUGCCCCUCACAGCCAGAUGCGUCGUUCCUUCACUGCGAGUGCUCAACCCUGUGGUGAAGUUUGGGUACUGCUUUUUAAAGACCUGCUAUGAUGAGAAGCUGACCCUUGUGAAUGACAGCGACUUUCCUGGCUGCUACUGUCUUCUCCCUCAGGAGGAGGCUGCUGCAUGGUGCUCCAGCCGUGCACCGACUGGGAUUAUCGAGGCUCACAGCUCGGUGGAGAUCCCAAUUGCAUUCGAGGCCCAGUCGCUGGGAGAGUGCAGCAUCACUGCUGAGGUGGCUGUGUUUGGGAGAGCAGGAUCCCCACUGAAAAUCCAAUUCGAGUGCAUUGGCCAGGGACCUGUUGUCUAUGUCCAUCCGAGGGAGAUAAACUUCGGCUCUAUCCCAGUCUUAGAAGAUUGUUUCCAAACUUUGCACCUUGCCAAUCAGUGUCACCUUCCUGCAACCUUCCGGGUGGAGAUGGCUGGGAAAGACUCCUGCUGGAGGAUUGAGCCCAGUAAUGGAGUGAUCUCCCCUAAAUCUGAGAUGUCCGUGACUGUCAUAGCAAACCUGAACGACACAGUGAAAUUCCGGGAGAAGGUGAAGGUGUUCAUUGAGAACAGCUAUAUGACCAUCAUCUCUCUCCAGGCUGUGGGCAUUGGCACCACAAUUGUCACGGACAAACCUCUCAUUCCGAAGCUGGACUUGAAGUCUCACCUCAGCUUUACUCCCUGCUAUUUCCAUUUCAAAGUGACGAACAGAGGACGACGCGUGCAUCGGCUGUACUGGAACACAGAAGGUUUCCGCACGCGCUGGCGCCGUGAUCGCGCCCCUGCCCUCGGUGGCACCAAAAGCAAAGGUGCUUCCCCGAUGCCCAGACCUGGCAGCCCCGUGUUCAGGCUGUGGCCGCCGCAGGUGGACCUGAUGCCGGGCCAGAGUGCGGACAUGGUGCUGGAAGGCCGCUCCAGCACUGCCCAGGAGGUGAAGGAGCGGCUGCUGUGUCACGCUUUGGUGGGGAAAGAGAGAACAAAGAAACAGAUAAUGCAAGUGGAUGUCACCUGCAACUUCAUUUGCCCUGUUCUGCAAAUGUCUUCCAGAGCAAUCACUUUCUAUGUGGUAAAGGAGCCCAAUGAUGUCCUGACACAGCACUACAAGCCUUUUUCUUUAAAAAACACCAGCCCCCUGCCAGUCAGCAUUGUGCUGGACUUGGAGCAGCCAUUCCUGAUCUGCAAUGUGGACUGGCAGCCUCUCCCUGCAGAUUCCAAGCCCAUAACACUGGAUGUAGGGGAGGAACUUCAUCUCUGCAUCCAGUUUAACCCAGCUUAUGAGAAGAAUCUGCACAGCCGGGUGGCCAAGAGGGUUCUCAGGGUGCGCUUCAUGGAGCAUCCUCGUGAGGAGAAGAUCACCGUUCGGGGAGAAGUCCACUUCCCCAAUCUCCAUCUCCAGGCCAAGGCCGUGGACUUUGGCUGCAUCAUAAACGACACUGAACAAGUGCUGCAUAUGGAGAUGACCAACUGCAGCCCACUGCCCGUGGAAUACCGCUGGUCAUUCCUGGCAGACAGCCUGGCGAACACCAUAACGUUCAUCCCUCCACCACCUAAAUUCAAACCCCAGUCGUCAAAGAAGAAGGGAGUGUUUCCACGGAGAUACUCCAAGACUGGAAGUGUGGAUGAGCCAACUGAAACCCCAGAAACAAUGCAGGGUUCUGCCCCGGAAGAUCCUGCCCAGGAGGAUUCUGCCCAGGAGGAUUCUGCCCAGGAAGAUUCUUAUGAGGGGGAUCCUGCCCACAAAGAUCCUGCCCAUGAAGAUCCUGCCCACGAGGAUUCUGCUCAACAGGACUCUGACCAGGAGGAUUCUGCUCAGGAGGACUCUGACCAGGAGCCAGCAGAUGCAGAGGAUUCCUUGGAAAAAGAGGUGCUGUCAUCCACUCCUGGGGAGUCUCGGAGCCCGGUGAGGAUGAGGGGAUUGAGUCAAUUCUCCGAGACGGAGCACCCCAACGUGACAAUGCCUCAGGUUUUUGAUAUCAUGCCGCUGUGGGGAACGCUGCAGCCAGGAGAGAGCCAGAAGGUCACCUUCACCUUCUUUGGCCACGCCAACAUCAUCGCCCGUGCCACGGCGCUGUGCCGCGUGGAGGGAGGCCCCAGCUACGAGGUGGUGCUGAGCGGGCAGGCCUCGUGCCCCAGCUACCGGCUGGACGUGGAGGAGAUUGACUGGGGGCUGCAGGUGUUUAACAAAGUCCUCAAAGCAGGGAUCACCCUGCGGAACAACGGGGUUAUGAAAUUCACCUACGUGGUGCAAGACUCCAGCACAAAGCCUCUGCCCGGGGUGCCCGUGGUCGUGCCCCGCAAGGGCUCCAUUGCACCUGGCAAGAAGCGAGUGCUGAAAGUCUCUUAUCUGCCAGAAAAGGCAGGAGCGUUCCGCAGGACUUUCCAGGUCCAAGUGGCUCAUCUGGAACCGGCAGAAAUCGUCCUGAAAGGAGAGACGAUCUUCCCUGGGGUUACCAAGUGCCUGCCCAGGAUGCUGAAAGAGGAGAAGAUACUGGAAGAGGAAGAAGAAAACCCAGAGAAAGAAGAAAAGGAAAGUGAUGAAUCAUCUGUGGCCAUGGAGUCACUGGUGGAGUCACUGAUGGAGUCACUGAUUGUCACAGCUGAACAACAGGCCAGUGUCCAACAUCUCCCCAGGGGCUCUUCAGCUGAGGGGCUUCCCCAGCAGCAUCCUGGGUCUGGUGGAAGAGGUGGGAGGGUUAUUCCCACUUGGGAAAUUGGAGGAGUAGCAGCUGUGCUCCCUCCCUCAAAGUUGCCUUUGCUUGUGGCCAGCCCAUGCUCCAUACUUUGAGCUCUCAGAUAGAUACUGCCAUAAUCAGAUUAUAAGAUUUCUGGGCCACUUGCUGAAUUUGGAGAGCUUGUGGUGUGUUCUCUUUUAUGACUGAGAGAAAUAUUUGUAUUCAAGUGUUUAUACCUAUAAAGUGAGCAGAAUAUUCAAAGUCAGUGAAGGGCCAAGCACCAGCAAAUCCUUCUUCAUUAGCUGUGUAAAUGGCAAGAAGGGCAACUGAACUGGUGAACUUUGUGGUCUACAAAUGGCCUUUUUCAUGAUAGCCCUCAUUUACCUUUUUAUUGGUGUAUGAUUCCACAAAGCAUUUUUCUCCUGUUCUGGAAUACAGAGGUUAAACAGAAAAAAAUAUUGUUUAAAAACAAAAGCCUAUUUCUAUAGUUGUAUAAUGGGAAUGAUGUGGCUUCUUCUCCAGUGAUGCUGCCAACCUUGAGAUUUCAGCUGAGGAUAAAGAAACUGAAUCAUCCAAAUAUUCUUCAGAAGACAAACCUUGAGAAGUUCAAGGGAAACUGGGAAGCUCUUUGAAGAACCUACUGAGCCAUAAGAACCUCGAGGAUUGGCAUUGGCACACCUCGUUUACCAAUAAAGCAGGGAAAAUUA